AUGUCUGAAAAAGUUGCUGUCAUCUUAGGUGCAAAUAGGCUGUUUCGAGACUUGAAAUAUCGAGACACGUACAUAGUCAGUUUUUCUCUUCUUGUGAAUAGUUAUUUAGGUCUAAAAAUUGCUUACCGAUUGCUGGAGAAUCAAGAUCCUUCUACUAAUGUGAAAUUGGUUGUGACGUCGAGGACCGAAAAACGCUGCAAUGAAGCAAUUGAAAUAAUAAAACGGGAUGUUGGCAAGAUUGAGCGGUCGGGCAAGCUCUCCUUUGACUCGCUGCUAUUAGAUUUGACGGACAUGGAGAGCGUUUUAAAGGCUGCGAACACAUUGAAUGACAGGUACGAAGAGAUCAAUUACUUCUUUGUCAAUGCAGCGCUUGGUGCAUGCGAUGGGAUCAACUGGUUCGCUGCAAUUUGGGAAGUUAUGACAGACCCAAUGAAAUCGGUCACCGAUCCCAGCUACAGAAUUCAGAAUGUGGGUGUGAUAUCCAAGGAUCAGAUGGGUUAUAUUUUCCAAGCGAAUGUGUUCGGAUCAUACUACUUGAUCCAAAAGAUCUUGAACCCGUUGUCAAAGGGAAAAGCCGUAGUAGUCUGGAUAUCAAGCUUGUGUUCCACUCCACAGUAUCUAUCGCUGGAUGAUAUAGAGUUGAUAAACUCUACAAGACCGUACGAUGGGUCCAAAAGAUUGAUCGAUCUUUUACACCUUGCAACUUAUAAGAAGCUAAAAGAAAUGGGGAUAUACCAAUACGUGGUCCAACCAGGGAUAUUCAUCAGUCUGUCGUUUUCGCAACAGAUGAGCUGGAUAUCGUACUACUCCAUGCUGUUUCUGUUCCGUUUAGCGAGAAGAUUUGGAUCGUACUGGCAUACAAUCGAUGGAUAUAAAGCAGCCAACUCAGCAGCAUACGUCACAACGUUCCGUGAUAGAGACUUCGAGCGCCAAGAUUUGAAGUACGGCUCAGCGACGUAUAACGACGGCGUCGAAUAUGUGAAAUCACAAGAGAUAGACCCUCUCGGCAGGGACAAGGUGUACCGAUACAUUGAAGGGAAAAGGGAAGAAUGGGAUAUCAAGUUGCAAAAUACAUAA